GCGUGCAACGAGGAACAAUCGAUGCAGAAGGUGUUUUGCUCACGCACCUAUUGGGGAAAGACAUCUACGGAAGUCGAUGAGAUACUGGAUGGAAGAAUUGUUGACGAAGAUCAGAUUGCCGGCAGUGUGAGGAGAAAAGGACGCAGUGGUCGGAGUGAGUACCUUGAUUUGGAAGAAGAUCACAGCCAAAGUGGAGGAAACGAACGAGAAAUAGGUCACGAUUUUGUAAAUAGCCAUCAGCCAUUCACGCCUCAAAAUGGAGAACAGGCGUUUCAGCAUUCGAGCUCCAAAGAUGACGUUCAAAUCUCCGAGUCGCCAUUGAAGAUUCAAGCAUCAGAAUGGAGAGUAAAGGCAUCUCGAAAGAUCGACAAAAAAUGCAAGAACAAGAAGUUGCAUAUUAGUGAAGGUAAGAGGGCCUUCUUCCAAGUAGAGUGAAUACUUAACCGAAGAAGACAACGGCGGAGCCAGAGAUGAA